AUGGAACAAGAUAGCAAGGUUGAAAAUCAGCUAGAGGAAGAAACUAAGGAUAUUCCUAAGGAACAAAAUCCAGGAUGUCCUAAGAGUUAUCUCCUUCAUUUUAAUAUUUCUAAGCAGAAAAAUUUUGGAAGACUCGUCAGAAGUGCAGCUGCUUUUGGAGUCUCUGAAAUAUUCGUAGUAAACAGUGGUAAAGGUAAACUAGAUCUCUUUGGACACCAAGGAACUGCUAAACAUAUGGACUUCAGAUUUUUCAAAAAGCUUAAAGAAGUUAAAGAGUAUUGUAAUGAAAAUAAGAUUUCUAUUUGAGGAAUUGAAAUAAUUGAAGGAGCCGAGCCAGUUCAUAAAAUGCCAUUUAGAGGAGACACACUCUUUAUGCUGGGGAACGAAGGUACGGGUCUGAAUCAAAAUCAAAUUGAUGUUUGCGACCAAUUCGUGUAUAUUGGCCAGUACACAGGCAAGACUGCCUCCCUUAAUGUUGCCUGUGCUGGCUCGAUCAUUCUUCACAGCUUUGCUGUCUGGGCCAACUUCCAAGAACACACUAGAGUCGGAUACAAGUACGAAGAAGACCAGGUUGACGGUAACUCUCACUCCAACAUCAGAAGCGUUUUGAACCACGAUGCAGACCAAGUCAGGGAGGAGCGUCAGAGACUGAAGGAAAUGAACGACAAGGCAAUGGAUGACGGAGCAGCUGUGGAAGGAAUCGGAGACAUUUUUGGUGAAGACCCAUAG